CCAGUCCACCUGAGUAUUGUUCUUGAACUACAAGAGUACAAGUGAUGGAGUAUGUGGGAAAAGAAAUUGCAGUCAUCUGUCUUCUUGUUGUUCUCUUACAAACACCAGCCUUUAGGGUUUCUGAAAACAGUUUAGAGAAGCUUGCUGAUGGCUUGCAUGUUUGCAGGUUCAAAGUGGGAAGCAUGAGCCAGAAUGAGCUGCCAAAGAGCAACCCAGAGCCUUGGAAAAGUCACUGCAAUCUUUCACAAGUUUUAGAUUUUAAUUUUUUUUUCUUAUUUUACUAGGCACUGUGGUUGGGAAAGGAACCUUUUUUAAGGGAGAUGUCUGUGCUUAUCAGGCUCGUCUUAAAGGCAUCUAGAAGGAGCACCAUCUGUUCUGUAGGAUGCUCACUGGUGAACUGCCGCAGGAACUACAGAUCCCAGCCAACCCAUGGCAUUGGCCGAUUUAGACAUUUGCUCCUGGCAGAGGCUCCGAAGAAGAAAAGGGAACGUUUGCAAAUGAAAGAAAUUGACCCCGGGACAGAACAUGAAUAUGGGGUCUUGAACAUAGUGAUGACUGGCUACGACAUGACCUUGGUGGAGCACUAUGCUCAGUACGUCCACAAACUCUGCAAUCGGCUGUCCGUCAAAGUAGAGGAGAGCUAUGCCAUGCCCACAAAGACCACAGAGGUGAUGCUGGUGCAAGAGCAAGGUUCCAAGAUGCAGCUGGAUGCCAUUCUUACCACCCACCAGCGUGUAGUUCAGAUUCACGGUUUGAGUGCCACAUUUGCUCCUGUUCUCUUGGAGAUCAUUCAGAAUAAUCAGCCUGAAGGAGUACACCUGUUAGUGAAAGAGCAUACAGAAGAAGACUUCAAGAGCCGACUCAAGGAUCGUCCACAACUUGCAGAGCUGCUUGCCCAAAUGAACUGAGCUGUGCUGUGAUGAACAUCCGUUGUGUGGCAGUGUUUGGCUCGAUCUGGCAGGUUCCUUUCCAGCUUUCCAUGGAUAGAGUUGUCUGUGUUUGCAGAUAAACCAAUUCAUUUCUGCAAUAAAUCAUGCAAUUUUUUUUGUGGUA